GCGGUGAGGAGGAUAAGAGUAAAGAGUAAACCAAACUCCGGAUUCACAGGUGAUGAUGGGUGAUGGACGCCCCCACCUCUACUAAACAUUCGAAAACUUAAACAUUAUCUUGACGGAAGUACAGUGUCUCUUUCCUACUACGUGUAUAAUAAAAGAACAUUAAGACGAAGGAACUACAUAUAUAAUAAAGAGAAAAGGAUUUCAGUUUUCACUAAUAUGUCAAAAGUGAAAAAUGAGUAUUUCAAGAUGCCUCGCAGUUACAGUAAACAGGAAAAAGAAAGAAAUUCUUCUCCAAAGACUUCUAAAGACAUUUUUGAAGAGGCAAAAAAAUCUAUAAAAGGAAAGGAGACUAAUGAGACCGAACCUGGUAUUGCAGUGCAACGCAUCCCUCCUCAAAAUCUUGUUGUCCGACUAUUCCAUCGGGAAAUACACAAACAGUCGCACAGUCAGCUGCACACCGACCGCUGUUUCUAUCAAAAUGUCACGCCAAACUUCACUGUUACAAAUGUUCAGAAGCCUCCAUGUUUCCUGAGGAAGUUCAGUCCUGAUGGAAAAUUCCUAAUUGCUUUUUCAGCGGACCAAACCAGUAUAGAAAUUUUUCGCUACAUGGGACCUUCUGCUGCUGCAGACAUGCUGCACUGGUGUGAGAGUACAAGUGUCCUUAAAGAAAAUGAUCCCAAAACCUAUGAGAUUCGUAGGAACAUAUUUGACCAUUUUUUCAAGCUUAAACACACUGUAACUGUAGCAACAAAUGGUGAGCAACUGAACCGUGAAUGCAGUUUAUUUACGGAUGAUGGCAAAUAUGUGAUUGUUGGAUCAGCGUCUGCAGAUGGUGGCAACAGUAUUGAUUAUUUCGAUAUGUAUAGAAAUAAUGAAUCUGUGACCCCAAACCCUCGCUCUCCUUUAGAAGACUACACUCUUCACAUAGUUGAUAUUGAAAUGGGUCGACUCUGUGACUCCAGGACAUUUUUACAUGACAAGAUAUUCCUGUCACAUAACCAAGGACUUUAUUUGUAUAGACAAACUCUUGCAGUUCUUUCUGUGCAACAUCAAACCAUACAUAUAUUCCAGAUUACUUCAGAUGGAUGCUUCCUAGAUGUCCGCACUAUUGGCAGAGUUUGUUAUGAGGAUGAUGAUUACCUACUAGCUACAGUUUGCACAGAUCGGAUGCAACGCACCUAUCAACAUUUUAGAGAGAAAAUCAUUAAUUGUCUUAAGCACAGGCUGUUAGUGUUCCUUUACCGGCGUGCUGAAGCUGUUAGUAAGGAAGAGGGCAGCCCACGUGCACUGAGGGAAUUUUUCCAUUACUUCGAUCAUCUUCAUCGCCUACGGAUGUGGAAAAUGCAGCUCCUUGAUGAUGUGCACUUACUUAUAAAGUAUGCCUCUGAGGAAGUGGUGACUCUCCGAUCUGCUGAACCAAAUGGACAACCAUCUUUUUUUGUGGUGUACAACAUGAUCACAACUGAAGUUCUUGCAGUAUAUGAAAACACUUCUUCAGAACUCUUGGAACUUUUUGAGAAGAUGGCAGACUUCUUUCGCAAUGCACGUUUGAGUUGUGAGUCCCAGUUUACUUGCUCACCAUCAAACAACAAUUGGGCAAGAUUGAUCCAUAAAAGGUUUAAGAAGAGUAUUAUCAAUGCUCGUGGUGGUGGCAUCACAGAGGCAACAAAACGACUGCUGGGCCAGUUACCAAUCUCGGCUCAGUCAUUUUCAGCUUCACCCUAUCUUGAUUUAACACUUUUCUCAUAUGAUGAUAAAUGGGUUUCUGUGAUGGAGCGUCCCAAGAGCUGUGCUGAUCAUCCUAUUAGAUUUUAUGGGCGUGAUUCAGGUCUCAUCAAGUUCAGCAUCAAUGCAGAACGAGUUGGUGUUCCAGGAGCCACUGUUCCUUCAUCAGGUACACGAAGACUUGUGGCAUUCACAUUCCAUCCUGCAGAUCCGUUUACCAUCUCUGUCCAGCGUGCUAAUGCAGAUUAUGUUGUUAAUUUUCACCUGAGACAUCAAUCUAGUUAGAUCAUCUUAAAGAAUAUGGAAGACUCAUCUUCUGCCUCCUUGAAGGUGAAAUUAUGAAGUUUACAUCUUAUUAUUGUCUGUGAAAGUUUCUUUGUCUGAAUCAGAUAGUAUGGUAUACAGUAUGCAGUAAAACCUCGCUGAGGCAGACUAAUUGAGGGGAAGGGGUGUCCGGGAUAAGAGGUUGUCCGCCUUGGAGCAAAUUUGUCAAAAGAGACCUCUAUUUAAAAAAAAAAAAGAGUACAACACCAAUUUAUCUAAUUUUUAUGAAAGAAAUACAGUGGGGUAUGCUAUAACGAAUCUAAUUGGUUCUAGAACCUUGUUCGUUAUAGCAUUCGUUCGUUAUAGGAUUAAUCCGUUCCAGGCCCCCAAAUACAACCACU